AUGCCUUUCGUGUUUAAGAGAGACGACGGCAGUCUAGACGGUACCAGCAAAAGGUUAAUGGAUGUCUUGGCUUCUUGGCUCAACUUCACCGCCACCUACUCAAAUAAGGCCUCAGACCUGGAGUGGGGCAAGAGGGACGAGAACGGCACGUGGAGCGGGAUUCUGGGAGACGUGCACAGGGGUAGGAAGCACCUGGCCGUCAACUACUUAACCGUCACCGACCAGAGAGCACAAGACUUUGACUACUCUGUGUCUUACUACAAUGAAGGGUUCGGGCUCGCACUGAAGGUACCGCCGCCGCUGCCACGCUGGAGGAGCCUCUUGUACCCUUACACAAGCGAGGCGUGGGCCGCCCUCGUCGGGGUCGUCCUGGUCGUGGGCUUCACGUUCUACCUCCUCAACCUCAGCAGGUCCCGCUUCUCGCUGUCGAAGAGUCUUAUGAUGGUCAUGCGGGGUAUGGUGGGUCAGUCCGUACAGCGAGUGCCGACAUGGUGGGUGGUGCGGAUUUUCUUGGGUUUGUGGUGGUUCUCGGCCUGGGUGCUCGACAUCUCCUACACCAGUAAUCUCAUCGCCGUCCUCACCGUCCCUACAUACCCCUCCAGGAUACACACCAUUGAGCAGCUCGCCAACAGUGGGCUCAGGUUGUGUAUGUUGGACUACGGGGAGUUCGUGCCUGAGGCGUUGGCCACCUCGUCGGACGUGAUACUGGCCAGGCUGGGGCCCAAGCUGGACUUAGUGCCCAUUAUGAGUAGUCUUGAAUACAAUGGGGAGGAGGCCUGCGUCGAGCGGGUCCUGGCUGGCACUCAUGUCCACACAGAGACCUUCUCCUACGAGCAGAUCCUUUAUAUCGAGAUGGGCGUCGGUGAAGAAGUAUAUUUCCUCAAGGAGCAGCUGUAUGUGGGCAGUCUGGCUUUCUUCUUCCGCAAGAACACUCCUUGGAAAUACAAAUUUGACGCGGGGAUGCGACGUCUCGUGGAAGCCGGUCUCGUCCACAAGUGGUACUCGGACAUUAUGGAUGAAUUCAGGAGAGGCAUCAGAUCGCUGAUACCAUCCCUGUGUAACUCUAAGCAAGCCUUGUUUACUCUGGCAGUUCAGCCUAACCCAAAGCGACCUUAUUUGAAUCUAAAAGACUCCCAUAAACCCAAAUCGACCCAAGUCAACCCAAUCCCAGGAAACUUAGUGUCGUGUUCUGGCAGUGUAAGCAGUCCUGAGGUGAUGUUGGUCUCCUCUGCCCAAACUCUUCAUUAUCCUCAAGUGAGUAAAAUCGAUGAGCUUCAGACCUGA